AUAAACUAACCUACCUGACCAUCAGAGUCAUCCACCAUAAUGUCCCCUUCAGUCUGUUGACGCUGACGGCUUCCCUGACUCUGUGCAGAGGGAGGCAGCUGGAAGCUAGCUAGCUAGCUAGCUAGCAUGCAGCACUGGCCCGGUGUCUCCAGGAGGCGGCGCUGCUGAGAGGCGAGCGGUCGGUGCGGAGUGUUGGUGCCUGCCGAGCCGGCCAUGGAUGACUUCAACACCAGGACGUACGGCACCAGCGGCAUGGACAACAGACCUCUGUUUGGGGAGACCUCAGCACGGGAUCGAAUCAUCAACCUGGCAGUGGGGGGAUUCACGUCUCUGGUUGUUUUAGUGACUGUUAUCAGUUCUUUUGUGUUCCCCUCAUUGCCUCCACGACCGCUCAAUGUCUUCUUUGCCGUGUGCAUCCUGUUAGCGUGUGGAUCCGCUUUAGUGCUGAUAUUCUGGUACCGGCAGGGCGAUCUGGAGCCUAAAUUCAGGAAUCUGAUCUACUACAUGCUGGCGUCCAUCUUGCUGCUGUGUCUAUGUGCCAACCUUUACUUCCACGAUGUCAGGUAAAGAUGAGGAGGAGGAAGAGGAGGAGGAAGAAGGGAAGACAUGGCCUUGACACAUGGAAGGACUACAUGGAGAGACAGACUCAACACACACUAACUUGAAUCAAUUCCCUGCCUGACCGGCAUUAAACUGAAGAUUUCUUGGACCAAAACCAGUGAAGCGUAAUGGUUCCAGUGGGAUGAAAACAGUCAAGACUUGUUGGUGCUGAAACCUAAUGCACAGCACAAAGUCACAGUGUAGAAAUCAUGAAGCACUGCUAGAGGCCAUAAAUCUGCCUGGAGACACACUGCUGGAGGAUGAAACAGGUGUGUUUACACUCGUAUCCUGUUCACAAUAACAAGCAUUGGGUCUGGUAUGAUGAUGCAACAGUUAAAGGAAAAAUCUGCCCUUUUAUCCUGUUACUGUCGGUCCCAUCUCGUCUGUUUAAUGUUAGAUUUUACAUGUUUUUCUUUGCCCUCAAGUUGCUUGAGAACUUUAUGUCUUUAAACUGUCAGAAAAACGGGGGUAAAAUUGUAGCUUUCAGUCAUUUUAUAUAAACCUCUUAAUCAUACCACAUAAUCACACAUAAGACACAAGCUGCGUCUCAUGUCAAGCAACACUUCCUUCAAAGUUUUUAGUUUAAUGGUGCGUUCAGGGUCAGAAAUGAUAAAAUCACCUAAACUGGACCGAUGAAGACGUACCACUGCAGGCUGUAAAUAAUGAACGCUAGACAAGUGCUGUGUCUGCCAAUGCCAAUUCUGUACUACAUACAAAUACUAAAGAGUAUGUAUUACUAAGUGUCAUAGUAUUUUGUUUUUCAGUUGAUAUUCAGUGUAACUUAUUGUUUUGUACUAGCGGGAUUUGAUGCAAUACAUACGCCAAUCGAUGUCAAACUUCUCAACGAGAAAGCAAAUUGUUUUACCCAAGGUUUAAUACUUAAACCUUCUUUCUAGGGGGGUUUCAAAAUCUUCCUCAAGCCAUCAUCCUCAUCUGUAUUUAAAGUAUGUAGCAUCUUAGUAUGACUGAGAAUUUAAAGUUUUGUAUUGAAGUAUUGGAAAGAAAUGUACCAUUAACCUUAAAAUGGAAGUUAACCAUAAUGUAUAUGGACAUAUUAAUCUCUUGCAAUGAUUGCCAGUUUUCUGUUAUGUGAAGUUAAAGCAAUAAUCUCAAAGAUUUAGAUUUUAAAUGUUUGUUUCGUCCCCAUCUAUCCCAGAAUGAGGUAACACAAUGGUGAUUGAGUCUUCGGCCCACUGAUGGAAACCCAUGUAUUUGCAAUAUUACAAACUGGGUGUCUGUGGCGAUAUUCCCAGAAACAAAUCACAAGCGGCGCAUAGUUAGUAACGCAUUUUCCAUCACUCAGCAGUGGUUGGUCCGCCAGAGAGGGCAGCUAAUGCAACAGACUCGCUCUUCAACUCACUUGUGUGUGUGUGUGUGUGUGUGUGUGUGUGUGUGUGUGUGUGUGUGUGUGUGUGUGUGU